CUUUAUUUUACUUUGAUAGUAAUACAGUUGGUAGUCGUUGUUUAUGCGACGAUGUUGAAAUAUUCCGUUUGAAUUUGAAUAGGUUCUAAAUAAUUGUAAUACAAUAAAAAUGUCUCCUUCCAGAUCUAGAAGAAACAGUUCAAGACGUUCUUCCAUUCUUAAGCCUUCUAAGCCACGUCAAGCUCUACAAAAUUUAAACAUCAAUAGUUCAUCCAGUGAAAACAGUCCAGCUACUACAUCAAAAUUUAAACGACGAGUUAGUUUUGCAGAAAAAAAGCAUGUUAAAGAAUUUUGUAACUCCGUGGAGCAAGGAACCGUAUGGGAUACUACAUACGAAGAACAUGAUUUAAGUAAUUUAAAAAUUCCAGGUACUUUUAAUCAAGAAGAACAUAAUGUUCACAUUGCUCAUAAAGAAAAUAUUGUUGUCUGCAAUGAAGAAAAUAACAUGCAAGUUACAUAUAAGGAAAUGAUUGAAGAAGAUUUAAGUACAAAAGAUAGCGAUUUACGUUGUAUAAAUAUAACUGAUGGCAUAAAAAGUAAUGAUCCGUUAUUAAGUCAAAUCAAGAUUAAUUUACAGUUGGAAAAUGAUAAUGACAUUUUUAAAACUACCAUUUCAUGUAGAAAUUCUAAAGAAAACUUAUCCGAUAAGAUUUCAGAAAUUUCACGAUUAAAUUUGAAUAACAUUGAUUCUAAUAAUUUAGACACAAUAUCUGUUCAGGAUGUGCCAAUGGAUUUUACUGAAAUCGUUUGCCAUGCUAUGUAUUAUGACAUAAAUUAUGUUCAAAACAAUAAGUUAGAAAAACCACUUCAAAACAUGUCUAUGGAAUUAACACAACCUAUCUCUUCAUGCGUAAAUAUGUUACAAAAUUCUCAACAAGAACAAAAUAUCGGAGAACUUAAUUGUGUAUCUCAAUUGGAUAAAUCCGAAGCAAUAGCUGAUCAAUGUACGUCAAUGGAAACGACUGUUGCAGUACCAUCUACUAUCAUUACUAAUACUACUGAUCGAGUAAAUUUGUCAAUAUAUUCUCCAAAUGACAAGAUUAAAAGAUUUAAUAAUAUUUCAAUGGAAAUAACUACACCAGUACCAUCUGUACUAUCUACAAUAGAGCAGUCAGCAACUAAUAAUGAAUCAGAAACCUGUGGUUCAGGAUUAAUGGCAUAUAUCAAUAAUAAAACUACCAUUUUUCAUGAUACUUCAAUGGAAAUUACUAAUGUUGUGAAAACAAAAACUAAUAAGUACUUGGAUUGUCAGCUCGACGAACGUGAUAGAUUAACAGCAACAGAAGAAACAAACUCUCAGUGUGAUAACGAAAAAACCAUAUUGUCAAAUAUAUCUAUAGAAAUGACUGCAACAGUUCCAGCUAAUAUACAUUCCAUAACUGAAAGUCAAGAAAAAAAAGAAGCAAAUUGUAACGUUACAAAUGUUUUUAUAGGUAAUAACUUUCAAAACGUAAUGUUUGAUGUAGAUGGUUGUAAACCAUCAGUUGAUCUUGAUAAAACCAAAAUAUGUGAUAAUGAAUUAAUGGAAUUUACUGAAGGUAUAACAAUUUGGCCUAAAAGCAAUUUAGCAAAUAAUGAACCGAUUCAAAAUAGUUUUCCUAAUCAAUGGAACAAUGAUGGUGAGGAUGAGAACAUAAACCUAAUAUUAAAUAAUUCGCAAAAAGUAAAGUCCGACAUAGAUUACUAUAAAGAACCAAUUAGUGCCAAUCAAACCAAGGUAUAUGAUAAUGAAGCAAUGGAAUUUACCGAAGCUAUAACAGUUUCACCUAAAACGAAUUUAAUAAAUAGCAAACUUGUACAAAAUAGUAGUCCCAGCCAAUGGAACAAUAAUAAUAAAGAUAAUGAUAUAAACUCAACAUCAAAUAAUAUUACCAUUUGUCAAAAUAAUUUAAUGACAUCUGCAAAGAUGGUAUCACCAUCUGGUAUAAAAGAUAAUUUUGAAAAAGUAACUGAUGAUUAUGAAUCAAAUAGUAAUAAUCAAGAUACAAUUAAAACAUCAUCCUGUUCAAAUAUGUCAAUGGAAAUUACAGAAGCCGUAAUGGCAUUGCAGUGUCAUCUUCCAACAGAGAAUCCUUUUAUAAAUGGUACUUAUAUUACAGAAUCAACAUUGAUUGAAAAUGUCGAAAACAAAGAUAAACAUUCUAUAAAUUCUACUGCACCAAAUGAUGAUGUUUUAAAAGAUCUGGUAGUUUCAUCUUCUUUAAACUCAGGUUCAAUUUUAAACAAAGAAACGCAUAUAACAGAUAACUUUUCACAAUGUUUUGGAAAAAUGACUGCAGAAAUACCUGUUUCAACAGAGACUGAAAAUUUUGUAAAUGUAACUAAUAUGGCUUUGCUCGAAUCGAUGCAAGCAGACGUUGAUGUUUCGACUUCAAAAAUCAUUAAUACACCUAAUGUCGAUUUGAUUGAAUCCGGGAAACAGAAUACGGAUGUAUCGUCGAAAGAAAAUAUUCGAGAAAAAACUUAUACUCUAACUCCUGUAUUAAAUGAACCUUCUAGUAUCGUAAUAUCAGAGAUAAGUCAGAAUGAACUUUCAUCGCAUAAACAGUUACAAAAUGUUAUAUCAAAUCCAAGACGAACGUAUGUUAUUCAGCCAUUAAAUACUAUUGAUCACUAUUGUAAUAAAGAUGAUAGUGAAACAACUAAUAAUAUCAAUAAUGAGAUAAAGAAUGAUAGUUUUUGUUACACAUCAAAUGAUAGCAGAAAUUGUGCACAUAGUAGUUUGAAUGGCAUAGAAAGUCUGAAAGACUUUCAAAAUAAUGAAGUAGACCAUUUAACAGAGCAAGACGUUAUAUUUUUCAGUAAUACCGUGGAAGAACUAAACACAAUUACACCACCAUCAUUUGUUUGUAUGAAUGAUUCGUUAGAUUUAAAUACGUCGGUAGAUACGUGUAAAGAAGCAAAUUCUGAUUCAGAUAAAAUUAAAAUUUCACAGACAAUCGAACUAGAAAAUAUUUCAAAAAAUAAAUAUAGUUUGGAAGAUGUUAGCGAUUUUCAUGAAAACAUUUUGAAAGCGGAUCAAGUACCCACUGUACAAAUAGAGAAAGUAAAUGAAAAUUGUUUAAACGAUGAUUUAAGAUCAAGUUUAAAAUCCCAUGAUUGUUUGGAAAAGAGCGCCAUAACUACCGAAUUCGAUCCUUUUUCUUCGCUAAUGAAUAAAUUGAGAAUUUGUGCUGAAAGCGAUAAGAUUAUUUGGGAAGUCUAUCAUGAAAAUAUUGAGAAGAACCUGUUUGUAAUUGGUUUCAUAUCUUCUUCCUUGUUAGUAAUAAUAUAUUUAAAAGAUCACUGUGAUGCUAUAAGUGAUCAGCCGAUUAAAGAAAUUAAAAUAUGUUCUCGCCUAAGAGACGACGCUGACGCCUUAAUAAGCAUGGUUCAUCGGGUAAUCUUAGAAAAGUUAGACACCCAAGUGUUGAUAGAUUUAUGCGAAAAUUCUGAAGAUAUUUUUUCAUUGUUAAAUUACAUUUCAAAAGAAGUAAAAUUAGCUAUGGACUUCAUGUUCGACGUGGAACGUAUGAGAGAUGUAACUCUGAUGGAAAUAACUGGUGACAGCAUAUCUUUUAUAGCAUUUGGGAAAAAGAAAGAUAUUAUACUGAGGGUGACGGUAGAUAUAAAACCAUUUGAUAAAAUCGAAUCAAAAGAUAUUUCUAUUUAUUGUAAAUUAGGUUCAGUGAGGGAAGAAGACGUUAAACGACUAAUAAAAAAUAUAAAACGGGACCACAAAUUUUUACGAAGAUUCAUAAACGACGUGAACGAUUAUAUAUACUUGAUGGAAGAGUCUGUUAACAUAAUUAAAAGAUGAUGUUAAAGUAUCAUAGUGACUGGUAUAAAAAUAUCGUUGUCAACGUACUUCGCUAACACGUAACGUAAUUUUAUUAUCCCUUACUAAUUUUAUACACGAGUGCAAUGUAUAGACAUAAAAAUAUUUUUUUCUACCGUCGUUUAAAAAAAUACUCGAGGUAGAAAAAUAAAAAUGAGAUUGUGGAUUGAUUUCCGCGUAAAAUUUUUCGGUGAAAUUUUUCUGUUUCUUUACAGACCGAACGUAAUAAUCGUGGGUGGUACACGAAUGUCUCUUUCUUAUUUGAACAUCAGCACUGUAAAGCUGCACAAAUGUUAAGUUACGAGUAAAGGUCGAUCAACUAGUUCUCCGAUACAGCCGGUUCAGUCGAUACAGCUUUUUGUGCAAACAUUUGUAGUUGUGAUAGCAUCGCGUGAACAGUCGGCUUUCUCAGAAUCGUAUGACUUUCCGUCUUAUUUUCCAGCGUGUUCAUCGUCGGUAAUUGCAGUAACGAUAUUGUUAUUUGUAAGAUUCUAUUAGUUGAUCGUAUAAUUAAAAUCGUACGCACAGUUUGGAUCGAUUAAAUUUGAAUGAAAUUUGAAUUGCAUGUUGUCACGGUCUAUAGUCUAUAAGAAUCACGAGAUUCGAUCGUGGUCAUUCUGGUUGAAUAAAAGUUUGUUUACGCUAUA